AUGUUCAGCUGGAUACCAUUCACGAAACAAGACCCGGCCCUGAAAUCGGUUCGCAUUGCUGACCCGAUUGCUUCGAACAGCACGACAUUUACCGUCAGUUCAGGUUCCGAGCGUGUGGUCGAGGUUCGACGCGGCACAUCAUCUGGUCGCAGCGGAUCCAUCCAUUCACCCACAUCUAGUGGCGGCCGCAGCUUAAGCACCGAAGACAGUUGGAGUGAUCUAGGUGGCGACGAGAUCGAGCCAUCCGACUCGGCGUCACGGUCUCGCCAACCAUCAUCACGGCGACACACGACGGAGGUUCGUCCUGCUCCCCAACGGCGGGUCUCCUCUCGCCGUGUGGUACAGGAGCGAGAGGAGGAUUCGCCGCCGCCUAUCCGCCGACGAGCAACGCACACAUCGAGUCGACACCUACGCGCUGAGUCGAGGCGCACCCCUUCCGACGAGUCUGCCAGCGUGGCGUCCUACGAGGACUACCCUUUCGGCCACCAUGGCGGCGCACCGCAACCACCACCUCGUGCACCUUAUCCGCACCCCUCUGGAUACAGACACGUUCCUGCGCCGCCCCAUGGUGGCUUCCCGCCAAGUGUGAGUACUGCGCAAUACAGCGACCCUUAUGCAGCACAGCAAGCAUUAGUGCACAUGCAGGGCCAAGACCCUUUUGGCUACCAAGCCAACCCAUUCGCGCCGCAGGGUCCCCAGCAAAACCCUUUCUCUCCAAUGAGCUCUGCUGGUGGGACUAGCUACUUUCCCGAGAGCCAUGCCGCUGCACCUCAACACCUCCAUCGACCUGGCCCACCACAGCGGCCUCAGUCAUUCAUUGCACCAUCACAUUAUGGCUCUGAGCUCGCUGUAUCACCCUACCCAUACUCUGCGCAUCCCGGCAUGGGUAUGCCACCGUAUGGGUACCCACAAGUGCCAGGCUGGCCGUACCCAGGUCCUCCUUCGAUAUCUCAUACCAGCUCGCCUGCACCGCCAGGUGAGCCAAAGAUCAAUGCGGAGCUGGAGGCCUUGAAGGCUCAAUUCGCGGAAGAGAACGAUAAGCUCAAGGCGCAUUUGCAAAGUAAAGAUGAGGCCGAGAAGGCCAAAGCAGCGGAGGACUAUAAGAAGCUGCAGGAGAUGGUGAAGAAGUAUGAACAAGCAGCAGCGGCUGCUGAGGCUGCUGCGAUUGCGAAGAAAGCCGAGGAGGAGGCCGAGAAAAAGAAGAAGGCGGAGAUCGCAGAAGCCGAGAAGAAGGCCAAAGAGGGUGCCGAGAAGAAAGCUGAGGAGGCGGCCAAGAAAGCCAAAGAGGAGCAUGAGAAGAAGCUGGGAGAGGCGAAAAAGCUACAAGAAGAAGCCGAGAAGAAGCAGAAGGAGCUUGAAGAGGCUGUGAAGAAAAAUGCGCCAUUACCGGACUCCGACAAGUUGCCAAUCAAGUUCAGGGAUGCAGUGAACAGGACGUUCAGCUUUCCAUGGCACCUCUGCAAGACCUGGAAAGGUAUGGAGACACUCAUUCGGCAAGCGUUUCUGCACAUCGAUGUCCUCGGUGAGCAUGUCAUGCAAGGCCACUACGACCUCCAAGGACCAGACGGUGAGAUCAUCCUCCCACAAGUCUGGGAAACUGUAGUCAAGCCGGACUGGACCAUCAGUAUGCACAUGUGGCCCUUGCCUGAGCCCAAAGAAGAUAAGCGAGAGGAGAUCCACUACGGCCACGGCUCCGACCCAAUUGCCGACCUGUUCGGUGACCUGGGCUUUGGACCCCCAGGGGUCGACACGAAGAAGCCCAGGAAGGGCAAGGACGGCAAGAAGAAGAAAUCCACAUCACCAAUCAUCGACGUGCCUCCACCAGCACCAGGUCGCGGACACGGCCGCGGACACGGCGCUAUGCCACCGCCCCCGAACUUCCCACCUGGUAUCUUCCCUCCAGAUCCCUUGGCCGACUUUCCGGGCAUGGAACCACUUGUCAUGGACGUCAAGGACUCUCGACGACCAGCCAAAGGCUCGUCAAAGACCAAAGGCAGCAAGGAUAUUUCGCCCUUGACUGCGUGGAUGAUAGGCGGGGGUGCCAGGCCGUCAAAAAAAGAUGAUGAAAAACUUGAUCCUGUCAGACGGAGGUCUGUCACUAGUGGGAGUAGUCGUAGUGGUGGUAGUGGGCAGGGACAUGGUGAUCAAACAGCAUGUGCUGUUAUGUGA